AUACUCUCCCCUUCUCUUCUUUCUCUCUCUAUACAUAUAGAUUCUGUAUACGUAUCGGGAUUUCUUCAAAUUGUCGUCUUGAUCCUUAAUUUAAUUGGGGUAAUGUGUAGUUUUCGGGGUAAUCGGUCAUCUUCGAUUUGAUGAGGUAAGAGUGUUCAAAGCAUAUCAAUUCAGGGGUUUUGCUAAAUUUGGUUGGAGUCCUUUUUUCGGAUCUAUAACGUAAAUAGCUUGAAUUUUGCUGAGGUUUUUGGGUUGGAUUGAUUUUGUUUGAUAUCAGGAAAAGCUCUUUAGGGUAGGUUUUCAGUGUUAUAGAUGGCUUCAAAUCCUCCCUUUCUGGUGGAGGAUACUGAUGAAGAUUUUUUUGAUAAAUUAGUCAAUGAUGAUGAUGAUGAUUUUAAGCCCGCCCCAUUAUUAUCUUCAAGGGAGGAGAGUAAUACUGUUGAUGAUAAUGAUUUAGAUGAGGCUAAGGCUUUUGCCAAUUUGAGUAUCAGUGAUGUGGGAACUGGACUUGAGGAUUUGGAGACAGUAGGUAUAGGGGAAGAAGAUAUCAAAGCUUGUUCUUCAAUUAAUAAGGAUUACAAAGAUGAGUCUGCAAACACCCAUGUAGAGCAGACUCGUCCGUUAGUGAAUUCGAAUUCAUUUGCAUUUGAUAGUGUAAAUGAAGAAGCUGAUAAUGAGGCAACUGGGUUGAAGGAGCCAUUGGAUUCUACAGCAAGUGAGAAUCAUGGAUCUGGAGGUACUGCUGGUGUUAAGGAGGUUCAGUGGAGUGCUUUUGCUUCUGAUUCUGUGGAGAAUGGUCAGAAUGCAUUUGGAUCAUACCCUGAUUUCUUUAAUGCAUUUGGAGAUAGUCCGGUUGACCAGAUAGGGAAAGAGGAUAACUUGAUUAGUAGCAAACCAAACAAUGCAUCUGGCAGUACAGCAAACAAUUCCUUGCAGGUGGAGAAUAUAAAUGAUUACUCGCAGCAAUUUCAAGUGGAUCAGGUUUAUGCCACCACAGGGGAACAAGAGAACGCUAAUGAUUACUUGCAGCAACUUCAAGGCGAUCAUGCCAAUGCCACCAUGGUGGAACAAGGUAUAGAUGGUCAAGAUCUGAAUAGUAGUCAGUACUGGGAGAAUGUUUAUCCCGGAUGGAGGUAUGAUGCAAAUACUAGGCAAUGGUAUCAAGUAGAUGAAAGUUAUAAUGCAACAGCAUCUGCACAAGGGGCAUAUAACUCAAAUUCUGCUUCUGACUGGACUGCCUCCAAUGAGAAAUCAGAGGUUUCUUACUUGCAGCAAAGUGCCCAAUCUGUUGCGGGAGCUGUAGCAGAGACAGGCACGACCGAAAGUAUUACAAGUUGGAAUUCGGUUUCUCAGUCUAGUCACACUAAUGAGAGUUUAUCACAGUGGAAUCAGGCUUCACAAGGUAAUACUGUGUAUCCCUCACAUAUGGCUUUUGAUCCCCAAUACCCAGGUUGGUAUUAUGACAUGAACCUCCAGGAAUGGCGCUCUCUGGAUGAAUACAAUUCUCAAUCCACUGUUCAAGCUCAGGACCAGGUCAACCAAAAUGGGUUUGGUGCAACUAAUACGUACUAUGGUAAUGAUCAGAAAACAUUUGGUGGGCAGGGUGAGUUGGAACAGUCUGGAUCUGAAGCUUUUAGCAGCCAAGGACAAGAUUAUAACUGGAAUGGAUCUUUCAGUAAUGCCGAACAACAGAGUUCAACUAUGUGGCAACCUAAUACUGCUGCCAAUAGUGCACCUCUGUCAGACUUUAAAGGCAACCAACAAGUAUCAAAUCACUAUGGCACUAAUUUUCAGGUGGAUAACCAUGUUAAUCAGCAGCAAUCUUACAGCUACGGGACAACUGCUUCGUCUUUUAACAAAGCUAGCCAGGUUAAUAAUGAAUUCCCUGUUUCUGGGUCUCAAUCGUUUGUUCAUAGGGGAAGCUUCAGUCAGCCAUUGGAGCAAAAUGAGAUGAUGAAUGUCUCAAAGGCUUAUGGCAAUCAGAACCAAUUAAGUUAUUCCCAGCAACCAGUUCAGAGUGGCCAUCAAAUAUCUUAUGCAUCUACUGCAGGAAGGUCAUCUGCUGGCCGUCCUCCUCAUGCAUUGGUUACUUUUGGCUUUGGUGGGAAGCUGAUUGUGAUGAAAGAUAGUACUGCCUUUGUAAAUGCAUCCUAUGGAAGCCAGGAUUCAAAACCUGGGUCAAUUUCUGUUCUUAACUUAGCAGAAGCUGUUACUGGAGGAGUUGAUGUGCCAAGCAGUGGGGCAAGUGUGCAUGACUAUUUCCAUUCUCUCUGCCAGCAAUCCUUUCCCGGUCCACUGGCCGGUGGAAAUGUUGGUGGUAAAGAGUUGAACCGAUGGAUUGAUGAGAGAAUCACACACUCUGGAACUUCUGAUGUAGAUUAUAGGCAAGGGGAAGUUCUAAGAUUGCUCCUUUCCUUGCUGAAAAUAGCUUUGCAGCACUAUGGAAAAUUGCGCUCUCCUUUUGGCUCAGACACUACAUUAAAGGAAAAUGAUGCUCCAGAAUUAGCUGUUGCUAGACUGUUUGCAUCCGUGAAGGGCAGUGCAGAAUACAACAAUUAUGGUGCUUUUGCGCACUGUUUGCAACAAGUGCCUUCAGAAGGACAGAUCCGGGAAACCGCUGCUGAAGUCCAAACUCUGCUUGUUUCUGGUAGAAAGAAAGAGGCCCUUCUUCGUGCACAAGAAGGUCAAUUGUGGGGGCCGGCACUUGUUCUUGCAGCACAACUUGGUGAUCAGUUUUAUGUGGAUACAGUUAAGAAAAUGGCUCUUCACCAGUUAGUACCGGGAUCACCUUUACGGACAUUAUGCCUGCUUAUUGCCGGUCAACCCGCAGAUGUAUUUGCGCCCGAUGCUACAACAGAUGGUAGCAUACAUGGUGCUGUAAAUAUGUCCGAAAAGCCCGCACAGGCUCAACUUAGUGUUAAUGGUAUGCUUGAUGACUGGGAGGAUAAUUUGGCUGUGGUCACUGCCAACAGAACCAAAGAUGAUGAAUUGGUGCUUAUUCAUCUUGGAGAUUGUUUGUGGAAGGAAAGGAGUAAUAUUAUUGCGGCACACAUUUGCUACUUAGUCGCAGAAGCAAACUUCGAACCAUAUUCAGACAGUGCUAGACUGUGUCUCAUUGGUGCAGAUCACUGGAAUCAUCCCCGAACAUAUGCCUGUCCAGAGGCUAUUCAGAGGACAGAGGUGUAUGAAUAUUCAAAGCUGCUUGGAAAUUCUCAGUUCACCUUGCUACCGUUUCAACCGUAUAAGCUUAUAUACGCUCACAUGUUGGCUGAAGUUGGAAGAGUGUCAGACUCUUUAAAGUACUGUCAAGUGGUAUCAAAAUCAUUAAAAACUGGACGAGCCCCUGAGGUAGAAACAUGGAGACAAUUGGUUAUCUCCUUGGAGGAUAGAAUAAAAACUCACCAACAGGGUGGGUUCACAAACUUAGCUCCUGGUAAAUUAGUUGGUAAAUUGCUCAAUCUUUUUGAUAGCACCGCACAUCGUGUUGUUGGGGGCCUACCACCACCUAUUCCAUCAACAUCUGGUGGCAGUGCCCAAUAUGACCACCAUCACCAACCCAAGGGCCCUAGAGUAUCUACUAGUCAAUCAACAAUGGCAAUGUCAUCAUUGAUGCCAUCUGCAUCUAUGGAGCCCAUCAAUCAGGCUGAGGGAAACAACAGAGGGAUCAUGCAUAACAGGAGUGCUUCAGAACCUGAUUUUGGUCGAUCACCCAGGCAGGACCAGGAUGACACGUCGAAAGAAAACUCCGCGGAUUCACGAAGUAAAGCCUCUGGGAAUACUUCACGAUUUGGUCGCUUUGGCUUUGGCUCCCAUCUUUUCCAAAAGACUGUGGGUUUGGUUCUCAAGACUCGCCAGGACAAACAGGCGAAAUUGGGUGAGACUAAUAAAUUCUAUUACGAUGAUAAACUUAAGAGAUGGGUAGAGGAAGGCACUGAUCCACCAGCAGAGGAAGCAGCCCUUCCUCCACCACCAACAAUGGCAACUUUCCAGAAUGGAACAUCAGAUUAUAAUUUAAAGAGUGCUUUAAGAACUGAAUCUGUCAGCAGCAUGAGCUCGGACUUUGCAAGCCCAACUCCCCCAAGUCUUAGCUCAGGAAUUCCACCAAUUCCAGCCACCUCAAACCAAUUUUCUGCACGUGGAAGGAUGGGGGUUCGAGCAAGGUAUGUUGACACUUUCAACCAAGGUGGUGGCAACCCAACCAGCUUAUUCCAAUCACCUUCGGUCCCUACCAUCGAACCAAAAACAAGUCCCAACCCAAAAUUCUUCGUUCCCACAGCUGCACCCUCAGCUGAACAGCCAGCCGAUCCUACACCUGAUAACUUCCAACCACAAACCACACCCAGUAUCCAAACACCCUCAAUUUCUUCUCGAACCAGCCCCAGCCCCAGUCCCAGCCCAUCAGCAGCAAUGGGCAUGCCAAGAUUUGCUAGCAUGGAUGAUAUGUCAAAAGGAGUUACAUCAGCAUCCACUUCCACAUCAUCAUUCACCAAUCAACCCAUCCUGCUUCAUUCACGAAGAACACUUUCAUGGAGUGGAAGCGCAAAUGAAGAUUUAUCGGCUUCUGGUAACAGUGAAUUCAAACCAUAUGGAGGGGUUUCAGGUAUGGCUCCUCCACCUAUGUUCACGCCAAACAAGAUUGGGUUAACACACUCGUCGAAUGAUGAUCUCCAAGAGGUUGAACUUUAGAGCAAACAAGAAGGGUUUUUCUUUUUCUUUUUUCUUUUUGAUAUUAUAACCAUUUGUAUACUGAAAUGCAAUUGGGUAUACUUAGUUGUUUGGUUGUACUUUUGUUAGAGAUAUGUUUUUGUUAAAUUCUAAAGAGUGGUGGUUCUGCAGAGAUAGCAAAAGAAAGAGCUCCCACUGUGCAGUUCAGUUGAGUUCAGUUGAGUACAUUUGUUCAUUUAUUGAGGAAGAAGUUGUGUCCCUCCUCCAAGAACCUCAAAGUGAAUUAGUGUUUGGGAAAAAUAGAUGAAAUGGUGACUGUAAUUUUA